AUAUCGUGCUGACAUGUCUAUUUACAAAAUGCAUAUCAGUCUAAAGUUGCAUCAUAGUAUUAGUUUUGGUUGAACUGAUAACAGCAAGUUGUGAAAUUAGCUGUUGCCAAGUUCAAAAGCUGCUUCGAGAUUUGUAGUUACUAAUAUAUUACUGAGUUGACCAGAGGAGUUUAUAUUGCUUAAGUGUCAUUUAUUGAGGUCCGAGAAUUUGAUAAAGGAUCGUUCAAGACGGAAGAACGUAACAAAAUUGUGCAAAGCGAUAUAAUCACGAAACAUUACUAGUUAUUUUGAUAAAACCGGGAGUUGUGAAUGUGACCCUUGGGUCUCGAGAUAAAUAAGUAUUUUCAAGCGAAUGCUGCAGAUUUAAUAGAAACGCACACACGAAAGAUGGAGGCUAUCAAUUUUACAGCAAAGUCGAAAAAAUUGGAGUUGGUCAAAGUUCCAGUACCCAAAGUAGAAAAGCCCAAUGAAGUUUUGAUCAGAGUAGCCUUUGCUGGAAUAUGCGGGACUGACCUGCACAUUAUUCAGGGAGAAUUUCCGUGUACAGAUCAGAGAACAUUCACUUUAGGCCACGAAUUUUCUGGUGAGGUUGUUGAAGUUGGCAGUGAAGUAAACAUAUUCAAGAAAGGCGACAGGGUAUCUGUUGACCCAAAUUCGGGAUGUGGUUGCUGUAACUUUUGUCACUCAGGCAAACCGCACUUUUGCGCUACUGGGGGCAUCAGCAACACCGUCGGAAUCUAUAGGGAUGGUGGAUGGGCAAACUACGCUUUGGUACCUGUAGGCCAGGUCCACAAAUUACCUGAUAAGAUCACACUACAGCAAGCCGCUCUAACGGAGCCAAUAUCAUGCCUCGCACACGGCUGGGACAUUAUUAGUCCCAUAACAGUUGGGUCAAAAAUCCUUAUCACUGGUGCUGGUAUCAUUGGAAACCUUUGGGUGUGUGUACUGCACCACCAAGGUCAUCGAAAAGUAACAGUUUCCGAACCCAACCAGGCAAGGCUCGAUCUACUACGAAAACUGAAUACUGGGUUUGAUUUGAUAACUCCCGAUCAGCUGAAGAAAAACCAAAGUGGCGAUCCAAACUACUUGUUCGAUGUUGUGAUAGACUGCAGUGGUUUUCCUCCGGCUAUCGAGCAUGCUGUUUCUCUUUUACAAAAAGGAGGAAAACUUUGCUGUUUUGGAGUGGCGCCACCACAUGGUGAAAUUAAGAUCAAGCCUUUCGAUAUUUACUUAAAAGAGCUGAAAAUCUACGGGGUUUUGGUAAAUCCUUUCAGUUUUCCGAACUCGAUUGGUUUGAUAGAAGCAAUGGGAGACAGGUAUCUAACUUACGAUCUACUAGGGAUAGAAGUAUUCACUUUGAAACAAUACAAGGAAGCUCUAGAAGCGCUCAAAAAAGGAACGAUUGCCAAAGCCAUAUUCAAACUGGAGUGAAGAUAUUCAACAUGUGUUUUUUAAAUUGCUGAACAUAACAAUAACAAAUAAACAUUUUUGUUUUAUUUCCUCUAUGAACCAUUUUUUAAUUUGAUGUUUG